AUGGAUGCAGACCUGGCUGUUGCAAAUAACACAAAUCGAUGGCCUGGAGCGAGGAAGCCGUUGAGCGCUGCUGGGCAGUCUUGCGAGCCCCGUACAACACGUUUUGUUUUUUUGGGUCUUUCAGUCGGAGCCAUGCUCUCUCUUCUAUGCUCGAUGAUGGUUCAUAGCCAAUACUGUACCUUCACACCGCUGGAUGUGAUCCUCUACAGGCAAACUUCCCUAACGGCUCACGAUCAUCCUAUCGACUUAGCUGUCUCUAGUGUAGCUGUUGUAGACCUCGCUGCUCUUAAACCAUACCCUCCCCGUCCUGGCUUCGACCCCGUUUGGCCUGUAUACUCUUUACCACCUCCUCUUCCUCUCGUGUUGACGUCCCCUUCUUAUUCUUCUCAUCCGUUACGUUCACGCCAAUAUCAUUCGCUGUCUGACUACCACCUUGCCCAAUCCGUUCCCGGCUCCCUCUCUCGUGCUCCUCUCCACGAGUCUCCAUCGACUCUUUCGGAGCGAGAGGGGGCCCCGCCAUGCCCUGGACUUCCUCUACAGCGCUCUACUGAAAGCAACGCGGAGCAUAUGUCGAAGAACCCUCCGGUCUCAGCUCCUUCGCCAACCGGUGCACAUUCGCGUGAGAGCCGCGGCUCGCUCGAACGGAAGAGACGCCAUACAAAUGAUGAAUUCUCUCCCACCACUGAGUGCCGUGAUGCCGUGCGUCCUCGGCCGCUUUCCUGGCAUCCGUCUGCGCCUGUAGAGCCACCGUUGCAGCCAUCACAGCAUCGCCCCAUAGGAGUCAGCUCGAUCCUGAAUCAGCCUGCAACGGAAACACCUGACAUCCGGACGGCUACUGGAGACAGCGGCCACGAGGGCCCUGGGGAGAGACUGUCGGUAGACCCGCCGUCUCAUUCUCGGUUUCCCUCUUCUUCAUCAAUCCAUCUACCGUCUCCGUCCAUAAACCCAGCAAACCCUACAGUCUUGUCACCUGCGAUAACAAACCGCCAGGGCAUCUCGCCUGUUUCGCCGUCAGCUCGAUUCGUUGGGGCUGCAGGGUACUUUCCUGCGAAGUCAGGUCUAGGACAGCCUCCGCUGGCUCAGCAACUGCCUCGAUUACAUACUGUAGCCCCCAGCUCGCCUUUACCGAUGACGGACACCAGCAAUCCCCCGCCUGUGUCUGGCCAUCACCACCAGACUUCCACAAACUCGACAUCAACGUAUACUAGUCAUCGAGCCAGCACAAACCACACCCCGACUCCCGGCUCAAAGGAGGCGAGCCCAACAACACCCGCAUCCGUCCUCAGUCAAAUAGGGAGAUCAUCACCGGGUAUUUCGGCGACGACUGCACCCCACUCAGCUUCAGUAUACAUGAACACUCCCAUGUACACGGCAGUCGAUCCCAUCACCCGAUUACCGAUAGUUGUGGCUGGUCAGAGGGCUUCCGGGAUUGAGGCUCCUCCAGGCAUGAUACCUUGCUAUGUUGACCACAAACCCGGUUCCUCAACUCAAGCCGAAAAGCGUAAGGCAAAUAGCAAUGCGUCGAGGAGAUUCCGUGACAGGAAACGAAACGAGAUGCAGAUGGAGCAGAAAAUCACUGCACAGCAGGAUGAGAUCCGGAAGCUAACGGAGACGGUUCAGAAGCAGGCUGAUGAGCUGCGCGUGGCCGUGGAACAGCGAGAUUUCUACCGCUCUGAGAGAGAUUACUUCCGAGACCAAGCAUCUCGCUUUGGUCAGAUUCCUGCCCGGCCGAUAUCGCCUAAACUGUUACGGCCCGCCUCUGAGGCAACUGGUGGGUCGGACGACAAGGCUGAAGAAACAACGACCGACUCCUCCUCCCACCAACGUACACCAGGGCCUAUCGCGCCCGCACCGAUGUCGGGAGCGGACUGGUCCGGCCCAUUACCUUACCCAUCAGGGCCGACCGAGCCACAAACAAGACCGAUGGCUUCGACGCCGGCAGCGUGGGAUCGCACUACAUAG